GUUUUUGAACGCAACCAAAUGAUGGGAAAAUGUAGGUUAUAAUACCACUCGGUACGUGAUAUACGCGAUGAAGCGGAUUGAUAAACAAUACACGAUGUAGUUUCGAGAAUGAAUAAAAAGAAAUUGAAAUAUACGAUUAAGUUAGACGAUUAUUUUUGACGUGUUAAUAUCGACAAAAAAGAAUAUUCCGGUUAAAGCAGUUUUCGGUUCGCUUCUCUCACAUUUUGUAGCUUUUAUUUAUUCGCAGUCUCGAAUUGUUAAUUUUGAAUCAUGUAUUAAAGAGUUCUUUACUGUAAAAUUCAUCUUUAUAAUUCCUAUGUAACUUUAUAAUUAUUCUCGUGAAGAAAUACAAUGAUUCGAGAAGUUCUGUUCACUUUGUACGGGAAGCUAACAUUUGAAGCUCACUCUUCAAUACGAAAAAUGGUAGAAAAGAUUCCACUGCGGAAGACCAUCGCUCGAUUGGAUUUCCCAGCGAUUAUAAGUUUCGGCAAUCCCCUGUUGGAUAUUUAUGUGGUAUUGAAGAAUGAUGAGUUACUUAAGAAGCACAAUCUUACAGUGGACGGUGAGACUGAGCUAUCCGAAAAGAAAAUGCAGGAGUUAAUCGCCGAUUUACCACCAGAAACAGAACAAAAUACAUAUCCUGGAGGAUCUGCACAGAACACAAUGAGAAUUUUGCAAUGGCUUUGCGACGAAACUCGUGAAUUUCAAGUCGGUACUUUUUAUGGUGGUCUUGGAAAUGAUCAUAAAGGUUCAGUUUUAGAGAAAUUAGUUCGACUUGCUGGAGUGGAUGUAAAAUAUGCCGUGCAUCCAACUCUACCUACUGGAUUAUGCGUUGCGCUAGUGCAUGAUACAUCCCGUAGUCUUGUUGCAAAUUUAGGUGCAGCUAAUGUAUAUACACUAGACGACCUGAAGAAGACCAAUUUGCAAUUGGAUACUGUAAAGAUAAUUUACAUUGAAGGAUAUUUUAUAACGCAUAGCUUAGAUGUAGCUCAGGAAUUGGUCAAGCAAGCGCGGGAGAAGAAUAUUAUUAUAGCAUUUAAUCUUAGUGGUUUAUAUAUAUUCCAGGAUCAUCAUGCAGCAAUCUGUGAAAUGGUCGGCAACGCCAAAAUCGUGUUCGGUAACGCGAGGGAAAUGAUCGCGUUAGCACAAGCGUUGAACGUGAAAUACAACGAUGUCACUGAUAUACCCUUUUUACUGAACAGUUUAAAAAGGAUCACAGUCGACAUUUCUAGCGCUAAUAGCAAGGAUUGGUUAGCCGAAGACGGUAUAUUUAUUAUGACGCGCGGUGGAUCUGCACCGGCGAUUAUCGUGUGGGGCAAAGGACAGUCCGUUCAGGUGACGCCUAUUACGCCGAAAGCACCUAUUAUGGAUACAACGGGUGCUGGAGAUGCUUUAGUAGCUGGCUUCUUAGCUGGUGUUUUGGCUCACUGGGAUCCAAAGAGUUGUUUGGAAUUGGGAUGCAAAGUCGCGUCUUACAUGAUAACCAGACUCGGCGUUACGCUACCUAACAAUGUACCUUCUGACUUACUGACAUAACGAUACGAUUUCUUUAGGAAAAUUAAUGACUAAUCGUUACCUGAUGUAUUCGUAAUCGCAUAGUUAUUUAUUGCAUCAAAGUUUAUUAGCGAAUUAUCAAUUGUUAGAGUGAGAAUUAGCAUUCCUCAUUGAUGUUACAUUCACGUUGCAUUAGAUAUUUAUUUGAACGAAUUAUAUGAAAUAUUUAUGCCGCGUGCGUCCGUUAUGUAAAAUAUAAUAUAAUAUUCAUGAAAGUUUUAUUUAUUAAAGAUUAUUGUCAUGUGACUUGUAUCAUUAGAUUGUGUAUUUAUAAAUGCAACGCUUUUAUUGUUAUCGAUGCACAGUGAAAGAUAGAUAUUAGAGAUUCUUCUCCAUGAUCGUUGCUACAGAUCUGUAGUUUAAUUGUCCAAUGUUGCAAUGUGCUAAAAACAAAGUUUGUAACUAACAAUGA